AUCCUUAUAAGAAUAUACGUUCAAUCAGGCAGGUUCAGUUUAUUUGUUGAUAAUAUUUUAAAGAAAACAUGACAACUGCUGCUAGACCAACAUGGCAACCUGCCAAAGGUGGGAAUGAACAAGGUGGUACUCGUAUUUUUGGCCCCUCUCAGAAGUAUUCGUCGCGGGACCUUGCAGCUCAUACUACUCUAAAGCCUAGAAAGGAUGGACAGGACACCCAGGAUGAGUUGAUGAAGAGAAGCCUCCGUGAUGAGCUUGAAGAGCGUGAACGGAGGCAUUUCUCAUCAAAGGACAAGUCCUAUUAUGAUGAUAGAGAUCAUAGGAAGGGGAACCAUCUUCUUUUGGAAGGUAAAUUGGGGAAAAGGGGGAUUGAAGACCGAAUUGUUCCACGCAGUGUUGACGCUGAUGAUUCUGAUGUGGAAGUCAACAAUGACGAUGAAAGUGAUGAUGACGAUGAGGAUGAUGAGGACGACGGAGAAGCUCUUAUGGCUGAGCUUGAACGAAUAAGGAAAGAGAAGGCCGAGGAGAAACUCCGCCAGGAAAAACUAGAGCAAGAAGAACAGCUAAAAGCCAAAGAGGCUGAGCUUCUUCGGGGAAAUCCACUACUCAAUAACCCGACAUCUUUCGGUGUAAAAAGAAGGUGGGACGAUGAUGUGGUCUUCAAGAAUCAGGCCCGAGGUGAAAACAAGCCUCAAAAGCGCUUCAUUAAUGAUACCAUAAGGAAUGACUUCCACAGGAAAUUCCUGCUGAAAUACAUGAAGUAAUUCACGUGAACAUUUAAAGUAAUUAAUGAAGCAAGUAAUACUUACUGCUUUAAGUAGUGUGCAUUUCUAGCGAAUUUGAUAAUGGUUUUCCUUUACUAGAAUAUGCGGUGUUGUGUGUUAAACCUAUAUCUCCUAAUGCAUAUGGAAAUGAUGUAUGUUUUCUUGAACUAGUUGAGACAUGCUGAAAGAUAUAUCGACUUAUUAUGUCGCUUUAA